AUGCAAUAUUGUGCAGGUUAGUGACACUGGGGUUGAGGAGUUUGUACCAGAAAAUAGAAGAAACGUCUUGAUGUUACUGAGAAUUUGUAAUUACAUGUAACAAAAAGUGCUGAAAAGAAAAUAGAAUACCUUAUUAUUUAUUUGAUAAAGUGCUCAACCUCAAGUAACUGCCCACCUCCAAUAACCCUCCACCUUAUAGGCAGAAAAAAAUGAAUUAUCUCCUAAACUCGAAUAAGUGCCUACCCCAUACUAGCUAGAUUGAAAAAGACUUAAGUUCUACUAAAUUAAGAGACCAAGUUUUCUUAGUACAGUAUUUUAAAGAAACUUUCAAUGAACAGUUAAAAAUCUGCUUUGGAACUCUAACAAAAUUACUUUUGGUGAAAACUGUGAGAAUUCAUUAAACACCCAGCCCAAAUACACGUAUUAAAGUGACCAACUUGAAUAAUAGCCCACUCUCAAGGUGGAAAACUUUAGUGAGCACCCAGGCAAGGCACUUAAUCAAAUAAAUAUGGUAUUUUGUUAUGGGACCUCUUCAUUGGAGUGGUACAUGCAGUCAUGUUUUCCAGUAGGUGUAGUGCUUGAUUUAUAAACACACAAGCUGUUUUAUAAAAACUGCAUUGACAAAACAGAUUUGCAAUUAUUGACAAUCUAUUUUAUACCAAUACAGCAUUACAUUUCAUUUCACCCUUCAUUAAUUCGGCUUUGCUUUUUCAAAAACACUGUAGUGCAGCUCCAGGUUUUGUCCAAAUUACCUUUAGUUAAAAUUUUUUGUGCAUUUAAGAUAGACAAUAUUAUUUUGAACUACUGUGCAAAUUAACCUUUUAAAAAAAUAAUGUAUGAAAUAGCUGUACGUAUGAUCUGAAGAUAGUUUAUCUACAGUGUAUAUGUAAACUGCUUUUAAUAGAGCUUUUUACUGAUACGGCAGCCAUAUUGAAUUAAUUCGAUUUAGGGAGUAUUAUAGGAUUCCCAGGGGGCAUGAGCACAUUUAGUUUGUAUUUUGGAGUGCUUUUCGGGACAUUUUUUCGUAAAGUUUUCUUAGAAUAAGAUUGUAAUGGGAAAAAAGAUCCUUGUGCCGUGUUUGGAUGUAAUAAUGAUCGCCUUUUUCUAGCUUAGCAUUUCACCGUAUAUUUGUUGGGAAAAAGGUGAUCAUGAUUACAUCCAAACACGGCACAAGGAUCUUUUUUCCCGUUAGAAUCUUAUUCUAAGAAAACUUUAAGAAAAAAAUGUCCCGCAAAGAGCUCCAAAAUACAAGCGAAAUGUGCUCAUGUCCCCUGGGCAUCCUAUAAUACUCCUUAAAUCGAAUUAAUUCAAUACAGUAAAAACCCACGAGUAAGAACCUACAUUUUCCAGGGUUAAUUAGCCUAAACAGGUUCUUACAUAAAUGGUGGUUAACAUAAAUUUAGGCUAUCUAGGUUCUUAAUAGGUUCUUAAUUUCUUGCAAAAAAAUAUGUCUUUGCUAAGAAGAUUUUAGUGAUCAGCACCCUUAAAUUUGGAUACCUAAUGAUUGCUUAUAUUUCAAUAUGACCAUAGUAGAGAUCUAAUCUCACAUGAAUUUUAAUUUCUUGAGUCAAAACAACUUUAUAGACAUGACUGUGCUGUAAAACACAACAUUAUAAACAUUUUCUCAAUAACCUCAAUCAAACAACAUUUAUAUAUGUACUAACUUGCCUUUUGCAAUUGCAAUUAGUAAAUAUUUUAAAAUGAUUUUUGAAAAUAAGAACCUUACUCCAAAUUUUAGUCUAAAGAGGUUCUUAUAUAGAUGGGGUCUAAAUUGCAAAUUUUAGCCUAACGGGUUCUUAACUCUUAGGUUCUUACUCGUCGGUUUUUACUGUAUGGCCACCGUAUUGGUAAAAAGGUCUAUUAGUACCCUUAUUUUAUUCGGCUGUUGAUAAUAAUAAUGUUAUUGAGGAGAAUCACCUGUCUUUUCCCUUCAAUUCCCAAUUUAUUUUUGUGCAUGCUUCACAGCAGGUAUGUCAAUGCCAGAAAUUUCAAACCCAUUGAAUUUAUUGGGUGGCAACAAGCUACCUUAAACUUCAAGGACACUUUGGAGGAUUCUUGCUGAUCUCAGCAAGACUGUUCUUUGAAGUUCAGUGCCAACUCAAUCCCAGAAUUAUUUAUGUUUUUUCAGUUAAACCUCCAGGUCUUCAGAAUAGUACUCAGUGCUCCAAAACAAAAGGGGCAACUUUUACACCUUCAUCUUCCACAACUAGUAUCUUCAUGCCAGAUGAAGAUACUAAGUCUUGUUGACUAUACUUGUUGUUGAUCUCUUGUUUGAUGUCCACCCUUUUGUCACAAGGACAUGCAAUAUCAGUGAUGAGGCAAUUUUUGUUCUGUUGGUCCACACACACGAUGUCAAGGCGAUUGUGAUCCAGUUUCAUUUCUGUUUAUAUACAGAAAUCCGAAAGAAAUUUGAAAGUCUUAUUAUCCUUAACAUCACAUUAUUAUCAUUAUUAUUGUUGUGGUUGAUGAUGUUAUUAUAAGCAUGGGUAGUAAUGAGGUUCAUACACAUGUACAAGAAUAAACUACCUUAACCACUAUUUUGGGCACUGAUUUGUGGUUAUUGCUCACUUUUUUUCAAUGGCUGUGCUUUGCAGAUUUGAGUAAAACAGAUGAAGGUGCGAACAGAUGGUUAAGGAGACCCUGCAGCAGCUACAUACAAGCUCCUUGAUUAAUUCUUCCAAACCCCAGAGUUUAAGGAGAUCCACCUACAAGCCAACCACCCUUUAGUUCACAUGCAUGACCAUUGUCGUUGAUUAGCAGUGGAGUUAGUUGUCACACCAGUACAUCCUCCUCCACUGCAGCCUCCCUCCCCACAUUCUCCUUUACUUUAAGGAGUGGCAGUGAUGAUGGACAUAGGAUGGAGAAUGGAUGGAUUACUCUCUAG